GUUGCGAGCGUACACGAUUUCUUUUGUUUAAUUUUAUUAUUAAAAAAAAAUCUUUCUCUUCUUUCUUAUUAUUUGUUCACUUCACGCUGAGUGAGACAAGUGCAUAGGAGUUUGAUUAAAUAUAGAGAUUUUUUUUCGUGUUUGCUGUCAAAGUGAAAGCACGUGAAACAACAACAACUUACCAAAAGUGAGAAAAAGAUACUCAAAUGAACUCCUUAAGUUAUCGAUAAAGACAUAAGAAAUAAGUGUAGUAGUGAAACAAGAGCCAUCUAAAAAAAUAAUUCUAAAAAAAUAAAGUUAUUUAAUAAAAAAAAGUAGAUAAUUGUUCAAAAUGCUUCUCGAACUGACACAAAAACAGAGAAGACUCACGACAGCAUGCAUCAGUGUGUUUGGAAUUGUGCUCACCUAUUUCGUUGGAUACAUCCCAGCGAUUGUCACCACGUUGUACAUGCUGAGUGGCGAUCGUGUUACGUCAGUUUAUAGUUUGGCAGCCGCUACACCGAGAGAUUUAAAAGCGGCAUGGCGAUUCAUUUGUAUCAACUGGACCGUCCACCAAUGGAUCAAAGCCAACAAGACCGUUGGAGAUAUUUUCGAGGAAACGGUGAAACGUUACCCCAACAAAACCGCCUUAAUGAUGGAUGAUACUAAAAUUACUUUUAGUGAGGCCAACACCUUCUCAAAUCGCGUUGCAAGUUUCUUCAAAAGCAAGGGCUUCAAAAAGGGCGAUUCCAUUGCGUUGCUGAUGGAGACAAAAGUCGAAUAUCCCUUCUUUUGGAUCGGUUUGUCCAAAAUUGGAGUAACGACAGCUUUGAUCAACUACAAUUUGCGCAAAGAUCCCUUGAUUCAUUCCAUCAAAGCUGCGGGCGCGACUGCCGUUAUUGUCAGUGCCGAACUUAAGGAUGCCUUGACCGAAAUUCGUGACGAUCCGGAAAUCAAAGGGAUGCCAGUUUUCCAAUACAAUGGCCCGAAAGAUAAGCAAGACAUGUUGUCGGGUGCCACAGACUUGAAGAAAGAACUUGAUACUGUGUCCAUUGUACAAAUAACGAAAGACAGCAGUUUCCAGCCAAAGGAUAAGCUUUGUUACAUUUACACCUCGGGCACAACGGGACUUCCAAAGGCAGCUGUCAUUACGCACGUUAGAUAUAUGUUCAUGUCGAUGGGUGUGUAUUUCAUGCACGCAAUCCGUACAGAUGAUGUCAUCUACAAUCCACUACCUCUGUAUCACACUGCUGGCGGUAUGAUUGGUGUUGGAAUCGUGUGUCUCAAGGGGGUUUCGAUGGCACUACGGAAGAAAUUCUCGGCAUCCAAUUUCUGGGCCGACUGUAUCAAGCACAAAUGCACCGUCGCACAAUACAUUGGCGAAAUUUGCCGCUUCUUGCUAAGUACACCACCAAAGCCCGAGGACACAGCUCACAAUGUCCGUCUUAUUUUCGGUAAUGGCUUUAAACCACAAAUCUGGAAUCAAUUUGUGUCGCGAUUCCAAGUUGCACAAGUCGGAGAGUUUUACGGAAGUACCGAAGGCAACAGCAAUUUAGUUAAUAUCACAAACACCCCUGGAUCAGUCGGAUUUAUUCCACGAUCUCUCGGAUUUAUUUAUCCAGUAAUGUUAGUCAAAUGUGAUGAAGAAGGCGAACCCAUCCGUGAUAGUAAUGGAAGAUGCACGCGUUGCAAGCCCGGAGAGCCAGGUGUCUUCAUCGGUAAAAUCAAGAAAAAGUCCAUCACUGGCGACUUUGCCGGAUAUUCAGAUAAGAAAGCUACAGAAAAGAAAAUCGUCAAAAAUGUCUUUGAAGAAGGUGAUAUGUACUUCAAUUCUGGCGAUAUCUUAGUCAUGGAUCUUUUGUACAAUUUGUAUUUCAAAGACAGAACCGGAGAUACUUUCAGAUGGCGCGGUGAAAAUGUCGCCACAUCCGAAGUUGAAGCUGUCAUCAGCAACGUUGUCGGCUUGAAAGAUUGCACGGUAUACGGUGUCGAAGUUCCCCACACAGAAGGCAAAGCUGGCAUGGCUGCCAUUGUCGAUCCCGAUAACCAACUCGAUGUCGAACACUUGUCAGCUGGCAUCAAAGGAGCGCUGCCUGCCUACGCUCGUCCAUUAUUCAUUCGCGUGCUAAAAAGUGUCCCGAUGACAAGUACCUUCAAAGUGAUAAAACGCGAUUUCGUCAAAGAGGGCUUCGACCUCAAUGCCAUCAAGGAUCCACUGUAUUUCCUGAAUCACGACGGCGUUUACCGCAAAUUCACGCAGAAAGAUUACGACGAUGUCAUGAAUGGCAAAGCAAGGCUGUGAAUCAACGCUAAUAUCACUACUACUUCUACUGGAUUGACUGUGCAUUUUUUGCUACAUUUCGUUAAUUUUUUUUUUUCGUUCAAAUAUCGUUUCGUUUCGUGUGUGACUGCUGACCUGAUGCUACAAUUUUUAAUGAUGAGCUUAGUAAAGUGAUGAGAGAAUAAUUGUGACGCGCAAAAAUUUUGCAUAGAAAAAAAUUAUUUCAAAAAUAAAUUUUCCAUUUUUAAUUAAAAAAUUACGUAAAAUGGCAUAUUUUGAUUGCCUCAAGAAGAAAAAAAAGUAAAAAUAUCCGACUUUUGUGCAAUUAUCAAUAAUAUGUACCACUAUUGUUGUACUAUCAACGUAUAUUUACAAGAAAAAAAAAAUUAGAAGUAAUAACGUUAGUAAAUAUAUAUUGAAAGGGUGAUGUUGCGGAACAAUAAAAAUAAAGACUUAAUAAUCCUAAAGUUAGACAGUUGUUUAAUUUUAAAUUUAAUUAUAUUAUUAUAGGUGUAGUUAAUAAAACCUCUCUCGUUUUUUUAUAAAAUUUUCAUUGGAGGGCUUUAUUUAUCGGCAGCUAAAUUUCUAGAAAAAAAAAAUAUUAAAUUAAAUUGCGAACCUUUUUGUAAAUAACACAGUGCUUUAAUUUCCACUUUUAUGAUGAACAAAUUAAUAGAUAACGAAUUGUUGAAAUUAUAAUUUUUUGUUAAUUUUAAAUUUUUUUAUUAGAUUAAGAAUUUUCAAAUGUUUUCACCUUUUUAUUUUUGAUGAUGAACAGAAAAAUUGUAAAAAGGCGAUUAAUAUAGUGGAAAU